ACGUCCACCUUGCUCUCAGCCCCGUCGGCCGCCGACGCGACCACGCACUCCAACCAUGUCCUACUUCUUCUCCACCCCGGUCGACAUCGACAUUGUCCUCGAGGACCUCGACGACCGCUCUGCCGUCGACGUCAAGCUCGACAAGAACCGCAAGGAAAAGGUCCCGCUCUACCUCGACGGCGAGUCGGUCAAGGGCCAGGUCACCGUCCGCCCAAAAGAUGGCAAGCGCCUCGAGCACACGGGCAUCAAGGUCCAGUUCAUUGGCACCAUUGAAAUGUUCUUCGACCGCGGAAACCACUACGAGUUCCUCUCCCUCGGCCAGGAGCUAGCCGCUCCCGGCGAGCUGCAGCACCCCCAGACCUUUGACUUCAACUUCAAGAACGUCGAGAAGCAGUACGAGUCGUACAAUGGCAUCAACGUCAAGCUGCGCUACUUUGUCCGCGUCACCGUCUCGCGCAGAAUGGCCGACGUGGUCCGCGAAAAGGAUCUCUGGGUCUACUCGUACCGCAUUCCCCCAGAGACAAACAGCUCCAUCAAAAUGGACGUCGGCAUCGAGGACUGCUUGCACAUUGAGUUUGAGUACUCAAAGUCCAAAUACCAUCUCAAAGACGUCAUUGUAGGCAGGAUAUACUUCCUUCUCGUCCGGUUAAAGAUCAAGCACAUGGAGCUUUCCAUCAUCCGGCGAGAAACAACGGGCGCCCCCCCGAACCAGUACAAUGAAAGCGAGACCCUGGUUCGCUUCGAGAUCAUGGAUGGGUCGCCCUCGCGAGGUGAAACAAUUCCAAUCAGGUUGUUCCUUGGCGGCUUCGACCUGACCCCCACCUUCCGCGAAGUCAACAAGAAGUACUCGACCAGAUAUUAUCUCAGUCUCGUACUUAUUGACGAAGAUGCGCGACGAUACUUUAAGCAGUCCGAGAUUGUACUCUUCCGACAAGCACCCGAGGGUCUUACAUUGGCGCAGGAACAGAACAAGUUGAUGGCAGUAUCGUGAGGAGAGUACCUUGAGCAGAAGAGCACUUGUGUCUAGCCCAGGUUUGCCCAGUGCGCCGCACUGUGGCGUUAAUGUCGGAGUUAUUCGUUGCGCAUAGUAAUACCCCGAUAUGGGAUCCCACGGGAUCAUUGAGCCUUGGUAUUGUAGCAAAGGGGUUUUGAGUGUACCCUUAUAUCCAUGGGAAUGUAGCAGUCUCUGUGGGCUCUAUCCAUCGGCCAAGUAAAGCAAUUGUGACUGCGUCUCCACACUGGUGCGCUAGUCAAAGUGGAGCCUCUAUUUGCCGUACCGUUAUUAUGCACAAUCGUCGGCUUUGCUUGCAGACGCUGGCCAAGGACUGGUGACUGCCAUGUACUGAUGCUCUGCAU